GUUUACUGGCAGCCCUUCUUAAGGUGACACGGACGUGGUUAGAGAGUCGUACAGGUCCCACGUUACUCACCUUCUCGAGCCACUGGACGAUGGCACGUCCGGUUUUCGUCCUUUUUGUGGUACGUACGAAAUACAAAAAGCAGUAUGAUAAGAUCUAGGCGAAAAGCCUCGACUAUUUGUCACUUGCUGCCAAGCAAUCCAUGGACUCUCGGUGUCAGGAAGCUGGGGUGGGGGAGGGGACAAGGACUCUCCCCGUGUCCUUCUUCCUUCUCAGCCCAGCCCCUACCAUUCGGUUUGUUUCCCUUGAACUACACUUUGGACCUAUCAUUCGUACGUCUUCAGGAGAAAAGCGACAACACGGCUCGCCAUGCGAGUAGAAACAGCACUCAUCUCGACAAUCGUCGCCUUUGCUUCGUCCUGAACGGCACGAACCGAUAUGACUUGUGGAACAUCGGUGUCAUGAAAUACGCGCCCUGCACAGAAAGCUCGCAUAGCAUGUGCUGCAAUACCCAUACAAAAGACGAGUGUCGACCGAACGGCCUCUGUUGGAAUCCGCGAAGCAGGUCGCUUUGGCGCGGGAGAUGCACUGAUCCGACGUGGGAGUCACCCAAUUGCCUGAAGCUCUGCAUCGAUAACCGAAUCGAUGAGUCUGUCCCUUUCGUAUUGAGGAGUCGCGUGGCGAGCCCGAUCCACCUGACAACUUCCAAGAUCACAUUCGAGACGCUUUUGGUAACUGCAGAAAAGGAGACAUGAAAACAGGCGGGUAGAAGAAAGGACGACGUGUGGGGACUUCAAGCGUAAUUCAAUAUCAGGCCUUGGCCGUUCAAGCCCUUCAGAGCUCCCGCAGGAAGCACCGGGACCUGUCGAGUUGGGAGGGGAUCUUCUGCCACCGACAAGGGUUGAAGUACCGAAAUAGCGUACGUGGUGAUGCUUCUGCUGGUUUGAGAAUAAGUUGCAGACCUGAUUUUGACGUUUGAUAACUCGGGUGCAUUGGUUGUCGGUAUGUUGAUUGAUAUUGAAGGUGAGGCAAGCCAGUCGACGUAGAGAGGAAACAGAUGCAAUUUCUGGGUAUUUCUCUCGCGUGGACUGGACACCCCACAUCGAAACUAAAGAUCGAUCUUGAUCGAGAUCAGCUGAGGUAUAGAAAGCAUUGACAUCCUGCUUGAAUCAUGAGCCCACAGGUGUGUGGGCGGUUACCACUGUCAGCGAAACGAUACCUAACCACGAACAUGGCUUCAUCGGCCGCAGGACCGAGUAGGUCGGACCAAUCAGAUGCCGAAACUCAAGCUAUACCGUGUACUGCGUAAAUAGUGCCCAACCCAGCAAACAUAUUCAUCGGCCAGCCGCCGUUGCCGCGAAGUGUUUCAGACGUAAAGUUUACGGCCACAUGGCGACGGACUUGCUGAGCUGAGGUUGUGUUUCAAUGUGGGGCCGAAGGUGAGGCUUAAAGAGUGUUAGCCCCGGCGUGCCGCACAAUGACAUGGAAGUGACAGCUCACCAUUCAUAGCUCUCGGUGAGAAGGUCGGACUCGGUGUACUCCACAUCAUGUGAUUUUGCCCCCGCUGGGUGGCCCAAGCUCGCCUGACAAGAAGCGGAUGCAGAUCGGUCAUCUGGCCAAUCAGAGCCUACAGCUUUAGCAAGCAAAGCCAAUUGGCGGCGUUUCUCAGUGGCUGGAAAGUCCCGGUGUGCGACAGCGCGGCGUGUCGG